CAGCCACUCACAUUAAGGACAACAGAGGACAGGAGGACAAGCCCUGCACGGCCUGUCAGUUCCGUGGACACAGUGCUGGUGGUCCGCGGUGCCCAGCACGAGGGAAGAAGUGUGCAAAAUGUGGUGGUAUGGGCCAUUUUGCUCGAUGCUGCAAGACUAAGAUGCCAAGACAGCAAAAGGGCGGCAGAGUUCAUGCAGUCGAAGCAGGACAGACAGAGAUGCACCUGAACCUGUGGGAAGUCAGUGACAAGCAGGACCUCCAGGAAAGGGGAAGCAAGGUGUCCGUGCUGGUCAAUGGAUGUGAGCUGCAGAUGCUGAUUGACACAGGAUCCCCAGUGUCAAUUGUGAGCCGGGACAUGAUGGUACCUGGUCUCGACAUCCGACCAUCACAGCUGAAGCUGAAGUCCUUCACAGGUCACAUGAUUCCACUGGUGGGUGAAGCUGAUGUGGAAGUCUCUGCAGAGCAGGGAGUGCGAAGGAAGCUGUGCUUGGUGGUGGCUGACAUGACUGGAAGGAGGGCCCUGAUGGGAAGAGACUGGAUUCAGGCGUUGAGGGUGACAGGGCCAGGAUGUGUUGAAGUCAACAUGAUGGAACAAGAGCCGCUGGAAGUGGUUCUGGAGAAACACAAGGAAGUGUUUGAAGAGGGACUGGGCUGCGUCAGCAUCAAAGCUCAUCUGACACUGAAGCCAGAUGCAAGACCGGUGUUCCGGAAAGCGAGACAAGUCCCACAUGCUCUGUUUCAGAAGGUGGACGCAGAGCUGGACAGGUGGCUGAGAGAAGGUGUGGCAGAGAAAGUGGACAGAAACCUCAACACAGGCUGGGGAACGCCGCUAGUCCCUGUGCCGAAGGCGGAUGGAAGUGUUCGACUAGCUGCAGACUACAGGAUCACAGUCAAUCCGCAGCUGAUGGUACAGAAGCACCCUCUACCCACACCUGAAGAGCUGUUCGUGAGGAUAAAAGGGAAGAGAUUCUGCAAACUAGAUCUAAAGGAUGCAUACCUGCAGAUGGAGCUCGACGACGAGUCGAAGAACAUGACGACUGUCACCACACACAAGGGACUUCUUCGCAUGAACAGGCUACCGUUCGGGAUAAGUUCCUGUGGCGACAUCUUCCAGUCAGCCAUGGACCGAAUCUUGGAGGGGCUGGAUGGAUGUGUCAACUACUUGGAUGACCUACUGGUGAUGGGAGGCACAGAGGAGGAGAUGUUGAAGUCGCUGGACCAGGUGCUGGCGAGACUGACCGAACAUGGAGUGCGACUGAAGAGGAGCAAGUGCCAGUUCAACCUCAAGGAGGUGACGUAUCUGGGAUGGCGGAUCUCAGGGACCGACCUGAAGCCAGUGCCGGAGAAGAUCGAGGCUCUCCUGAAGAUGCCAGAGCCCAAGGACGUCAGUGAACUGCGAACACUGCUCGGUAGUUUGAACUACUACCAGAGACUGAUCCCGAACAUGGCAACAACUCUGGCGCCUCUCUACAACCUGUUGAAGAAGGAGGUGAAGUGGAAGUGGAGCCGUGAAUGCAAGAGAGCGGUGGAAGAGAUCCAACGAGUGCUGUCCAGUGACAAAGUUUUGAUGAGGUACGAUCCCCAGAUGCCCAUCAAACUGAUCACUGAUGCCAGCUCAGUCGGAGUAGGCGCAGUACUGGUCCACGUCCUGUCUGACGGACUGGAGCGCCCGGUGUGCUACAGCUCAAGAACACUGACUGCAACCGAGAAAAAGUACUCAGUGCUGGAAAAGGAAGCCCUGGCCGUUUCCUUUGGAAUCAAGAAAUUCCAUCAGUACUUGUAUGGACGUCGCUUCUGUUUGGUCACUGACAACAGAGCGCUGUCCAUGAUUCUCAACCCACACCGUGAGCUGCCGAGCCUGGCUGCGGCACGGAUGCAGCGAUAUGCGCUACAGCUGGCCGCGCAUUCGUAUGAAGUCGAGCUGCGCAGAACAGAUGCGAUGGGAAUCGCCGACACACUGUCGAGACUGCCUUUGAGCAUCGUCACACAAGAGGAGGAAGAGGAAUGGUGCCCCCAGGUACUGAACACGGAGAACGAGGGGCCCACGCUGCACGCAAGAGAAGUGGAGGUGUACACUCGCCGGGACCCAGUACUCGGGAGAGUACUCCAGUACGUGCGCACCGGAUGGCCGGGAACGGUGGAUCCUACGCUGAAGCCGUUCCACCUGAGGCAGGACGAGUUGUCCACGGAGGGCGACUGCGUACUCUGGGGAGGAAGACUGGUGGUGCCGACCAAACUGAGGAACAGAGUGCUGCAAGAAAUACACUCAGGACACAUGGGGAGCAGCAAAAUGAAGCAGCUGGCCCGUCGACAUGUGUGGUGGCCAGGUUUGGACCGUGAGCUGGAGAAUCUGGCCAGUAGCUGUUCAGCCUGUACGGAGAAGAGAGCAGCGCCACCAAAGUCGACUCUGCACCCAUGGGAGCAGACCUCAGGCCCCUGGGAGCGCAUACAUGUUGACUUCGCCGGUCCAUUUCAGGGAACGAUGCUGCUGAUCGUAUCAGACAGUUUCUCCAAAUGGAUCGAAGUCACGGCAAUGAAGUCGACGACUGCGGAACGAACUGUCGAGGAGCUGAGGAAGCUGUUCGCCCGACACGGUCUGCCCAUACAGAUCGUAACAGACAACGGGACACAGUUCACGUCGGAAGAGUUUGCGACGUUCACCAAGAAAAACGGAAUCAGGCACAUCCGAGUAGCGCCGUUUCACCCAAGCAGCAAUGGUGCAGCCGAAAAAGCCGUACAAACGGUCAAGAACGGUCUACGGGCCAAUCAAGGAGAAGGAGGCAGUGUAGAGCAGCGACUGGCCCGGUUCCUGAUGAAUCACCGCUCUACACCAGUGGCUGCUACUGGCAAAACCCCAGCAGAGAUGCUAUACGGACGGAACAUCCGGACUCGUCUCGACCUCCUCCGACCGGAUGACAGAACAACAGCCAGAGGUGCUCAAGAAAAGAUGAUCGAAGAUGCUGGUGGACGCCACCGCCUCUUCCAAGAAGGCCAGGAAGUGUGGGCGAGAAGCUACUCAGGCCCCAAGUGGAAACGAGGGAAGAUACUAGCAAAGACAGGACCAGUAUCGUACGAAGUAGACGUUGGCGUAGCCGUAUGGAGCCGACACGCAGACCAGCUUAUCCACGCUGGUGAGAAGACAGAGCACGAGAGAGAGGAUCAGAGCCAAGAGAGAGGACGGGAGAAAGAGGACGGAAGGGAAGACCGCCCAGAAAGAAACCCAGACAAGAAACAAGAAGAGAGAGAACAAAGAAGAGAUGAUCAUGAAGAACGUCAAGCUGAAAAACCCGAAGAAAGGGAAGAAAGAAAAGAUGGGGGAGAAAGAACAGAUCAGCAAGAAAGAGGGGAGAUGAGACAAGAACAGAAAGAUCAGAGAGGAAAUGACCAGGGAAAACGGCAAGAUGGAAGAGCAGACGGAGAGGAAGAAAGAAAAGAAGAGCAGGAAAGAAAACAAGACGGAGGUCAGAGAAGAGAAGCUGAACCGUUACGUCGAUCGACCCGGGUGCGCCGACCCCCGGAUCGCCUGGUGAUGCAGAUGUAAAGUCGGUGGGGGGUGGUGUUGUGGCGCGAUGGCGACUCGCGCGACAUCUGUGUCAGCACGGCACGACACCUAGCGGUGGCGUUGCCGUACGGUUGUGCGUGUGCCGGCCAACCCCGAGUUCCGAGCGGGGGGCUGGCAGUUGUGUAAUACACCGUGUGCUGAACGGACGGCUCUGCUGGGCGCACAGACUACCGACCCGAACAGGCAAAGACACUGCACUAACCAUCGCUUAUAUUGGUGUUUUUUUCU